AUGGCAUCGCACGUUCGACUGACGGUUACAGCUAAAGCGGCGGAUGUUGAAAGCGAGCGCGACAUGGUGACGGGAGCGAGAAGGAGAAGGGGAGAGCGGAGCGGGGAAGAAGGGGUAGCGCAAGGGCGGGAAGGACGGGGAGGAGAUGGCGGAUGGCAGUGCGAGCGCGGGGGAGGAUGUGACGCGGCGGGCUCGCAUGCCCCCCGUGUCCCCAUCAGCCUGUCCCCCUCCUCCCCGUCCACCCUCCACUCUCCCAACUCCGCACUCCUCGCGCCUCGCCACCGGCACCGAGUGCGCGGUGGUGCUCUUGAGGCGUGCGGGUGUGUGCUGCAGAGCCUCAGACUCACCACCGACAAGAUUGCCUUCGAGGCGGUGCCGACGGAUGCAGAGUUCCCAACCAGCAACCAACUGGUGCGGCUCUGGCUAGACAAGCACGAGGGGCUGCGCGCAUCUGACAGCACGCAGGAGUCCGAUCUACAACUGACAUCAAAUCACACAACCCUGGGUGCAGUACCUGCUCAUGUGCUCGUCGGGCCGAUGGGGCCAGCCCCCUCUGUUGACGUGCUUGAUCCAGCAUGGCGCCACAAAGCGGUUGAACCCUAA